AUGUUGACGGGUGCGGGGGCGAAAAACGUCGAAUGUGGCGGGUCAGCGUUCGUGCGCAGGGUGGCGACGUGCGCGCGCGCCAAGGCGGUGCUGGCGCGGCACGAGCGCCUGCUGGCGCAGCUGGAGGCCUUCGAGGAGCGCGCCUUCGUCGAGUGGGCGGCGGCGCUGCCGGAGCAGGUCGAGCGCAACCUGCGCAAGCCGCUGCUAGCGCGCGUGCCUUCCGCCAGGGGCGCUGGAGCCCUGCUGCUCAACUUCGACCCCGAGCUGUCCGCCAUGAUCCGCGAGGUGCACUACCUGAAGCUCAUGGGGCGCUCCAACAUCCCGCCGGAGGCCAUGGCCAUGUACGAAAGGGGCAAGACCUUCCGCAAGUACACCGACAAUUUGGGGCAGACUGUGCUUUGGUGA